AUGAACAGUCAGAGUGUAGGCGUUACUUCGCCUUACGCCAAGGGUCUUUGGAUUGCGUUCCUCCCUUUGAAGAUGUCGGACGGCAACGUUGGGUGGAUUCUGACCACGCGCUUCGGACAAAGGCUCGUCCGAGAUGACAAGGUAAUGGCGGUGAACCUCCGCGUGUGGUUGCAAUGUUGGUUCGCGCAGAAUGAUGUUUAUCUCCCUGCAUUUAUCGAGCAUCGGGACCGCCUCGAGCUCCGUCGCGAGGAGAUCAUCCAUGCCACUCUGGGCUACCUCCCCGACUACCUCCACCCUCUCGAUAGGAACACGCAGACUGAGUUCGUCAAAUCGUGCCAUCAGGUCGCGAGCCGUGUCAUGAUUGCGCACAUCGAGGGUGCUCCCACCCCAAUCCUAAACGAGGAGGACGUUGAGCGUCUCAUGCUCACUGUCCGCGAGGACGUCGGAAAACUGCUUGGUAGCUAUCCUCUCCCUGCUCUUCCUCGCGACCUCGGAGUGAUUCUCGAGGCCAGCGAGAACAGUACACCCACUGAUGCUGGUUCUCCGGUUACUGGACCCGUCGAGGACACGGCUGUUGGCACCGCUGGUGGCGUCACUCCCAGCGUUACCGCCACCAGCGUUACCCCUCCUACCAACCCCACUGGGGUCAACAACUCUGCGACUAUCCAGCCUGCCCAGAUCUUCGAGAUCGAAGACAACCACGGGAACGAGACGGACGAUGUCGUCAGCGGUCCCGAGCUGAAGCUGCCCGUCAUCGAUAUCGAGGCCGCCAACGGCGCGGGGUAUUUUGACCCUCGCGCGACGAUGGACACGCCACCUCUCAGGAACGGCUCGUGCACCACGGUCAACGACAGUGAGCUCGCCUCGCCGACCAUCGAGGAGUCUGCUCUGAACGCUGAGGAGUCUGCUCCUGUCGAUGACAAGGGCAAGGGAACCACUGCGCAACACGGUGCUCAGCCCACUCCUUCCGUCGCUGAUUCAGUUGUGGUCACCCAGCCAGCUCCCGCCGUCGCCACCGAGUCCACCACUAUCCAUCAGGACACCGCCCCGGAGGAAGAUACCACUACCGCCAAUCCCAUCCCCACCAGCCCCAAGCCCCCAGUGACUCCAACCAACACGCCAGCUGCCUCCCCAAACACGUCCGGGCAUUUUUUUCAGGAACGCGUCGCGGUGGACACUGACAAUCCCGCGACUUUCUCUGUCAACUCCAACCCAGCUACGAUCCCCGCCGCCUUCGCGGUGAUGAACACGCUGUCUCAGGCAGAGCGUGCCGUGCGUACUCACAACUCCGACAGCGGCAGCUCUCGCAGCUCCCGUAGCUCCAAGCACAAGCCCUUCACGACCGAGAACCCGUUCGCAGUGCCGGCCAAGUCGACCCCGUCAAUCCCCGAGCUCCGCCGGUCGCAGAGCGCCCCCAUGUCCCGCGCCAUCUCGCUGCCUCACCCGCUCGAGCGGGCCAAGAGCGAACCCAAGCCCAGUGUCCGCUUCGCCGACGAGGUGCCCGCCCCAUGGUCCCCAAAGCCGAGGGGAUACCUCAUGCCGAUGUAUCCGGAGCCGAAGCCCACGCCGCCUCCGCCCGAGGAGCCCGCGCCCGAGCCCAAGGAGCCUUUUCAAUGGGAGAAGCUCGACGACUUUCGUUCCCGCGUCGAGGACUUUGCGUCCCCGGCGUUGAAGCGUCAACAGUCGUGGGGCGGGAAGGAUGCUGAGAAGGCGGUCGAGAUGGAGAGGAGGAAGAGUGAGGGUGCCAGCCGCAAGAACAAGGGUAAGGGGAAGCAGCGCCAGCGCCAGUCGAAGCGGCCCAAGGACAAGCAGCAGCCCCAGCCGAGCACCCGCCGCAUGGUCAUCUCGGACAUCCAGCCCCGCCCAUACAAGUCCAAGCACGACCCGCCCCGGCGUCUCCUCCCGACCUCGGUGCGAGUCAAGAAUUCCACCCCGGAGGGUGCCGAGUCAGAGUCAUCCCAGGCUCAGGCGGCUCAGGCGGCUCAGCAGGCGCAGACCAAGCCUGAGCCCGUCUUCCGCGACGUCCCCAGCAAGCGGCCCGAGACGAUCGCCAUCGACCCGCGCGUCGCCGAGCCGACCGCCACGGCUGAAGUCGCCAAUCAGCCCGAGCCCGAGGGUGUCUAUCGCCCCAUGCCCCUCACCACCUCGCUGGGCGGCUGGGCCGAGCCCCCUCGCCCCGACUAUGGCCCGCGCGCGUACGCCAUUCCGUUCAAUAACGGCCUCGCCUUCUCCCAAGCAAGGAGGCAGCGCAUGCCUGUCGGUUCGCGCAGGCCGCUGGCCAGUCAGGAGAUGCACGCUAGGAGGCACGGUGAGGGACGUGAGUCCGAGGAGACCCAGGCGAGCACUGGUCAAGACAACGUGGGCAACGGGGGCAGCAGGGGCACCCGGCCCCAGAGUCAGAGGCAGCGCGAGGCGAAUGGCGAGUGGGCCGAGAUGGAUCCCGACACCGAGCGCGGGAACGGGAUCCGUUGGAGGGACGUCUUCUUCGGACUCUGUGGACGGAAGAGGCACGAGGGGAGGCGCGAGACCUGGAAUGUGGUUCAGCACUAG